AUGGCGCGUGUCUUCGUCUACGGCACGCUGAAGAGGGGCCAGCCCAACUACAAGCACAUGAUCAACACAGCCAAGGGGCUAGCGAAAUUCCAAGGGAGAGGCCGCACGGUGGAAAAGUACCCACUGGUGAUCGCCGGAAAAUACAAUAUUCCUUACAUGCUGAACAUCCCAGGGACAGGCCACCACGUUGCUGGGGAGAUUUACACAGUGGAUGACCAGAUGCUGCAGUUCCUGGAUGAGUUUGAAGGCUGCCCAGACGCGUACCAGCGCACCCUGAUGAGGAUCGAGGUGGUGGAGUGGGAGGCGAAGGACGGCGCGGACGCGGCGCGAGGAGCUGCCGAUGGUGUCCUGGAGUGCUUCGUGUACAGCACGGCCACGUACCCACCCGAGUGGGUCGGGCUCCCCUACUAUGACAAUUACGACUCCUUGGGCAAACAUGGCCUCUCCUACGUCCUACGCGAGAGCCGGGAAUAG